AUGUCUAAGAACUCAACAUACAACCCACCAAUGAAAAUGAUUACUUUAGGUGACUCUGGUGUUGGGAAGACGUGCAUUUUGAGUCGAUUUGUGAAUGGAGUUUUUGAUAAUAAAAUAGUCGCGACCACUGGUGUAGAUGCCUUUAGUAAAAAAGUAACUGUCGACCAAAUUACUUACAGUGUCCAAGUGUACGACACAAUGGGACAAGAGAAGUUCAGGAGUGGGAUAGACAGUUAUUACAGAGGGUGUAAUGGGGCCUUGUUUGUGUAUGACAUCACCAUGCCGUCGUCAUUCAAAGCCGUCGAAGAGUGGGUGAAUACUAUGAAGCAAAAAGGAGACGCCACCACUUCAUUUGUUCUUGUUGGGAACAAAGAGGACUUAGCCACAAACAGAAUGGUAAGCAUCGAAGAAGGCCAAGAACUCGCCAAAAAAAUCGGAUGUCCAUACAUCGAGUGCUCCGCACUCACUGGAACAAAAAUCGAAGACAUCUUCACGACUCUUAUUAGAGACGCCGCACCGAAUAUGGAAAAGGCCGACGCACAACUUAAGAAACUUCGAGUCUCAAUAUCUCAGACAAAAACGACUUCGGAAGGGUCUUCUUGCUGCUAA